AUUGAACAUCAACUUGACAUUCCGCUUCAACCAUUAGAAAUCCUGCUUUUUGAGUGCUGCUGUCGUAUUACUGGGUGACCUGGACUGCGGCCACUUCUGAGAUUCCAACUUGAUGUAACUCCAUCGCCCUCAGGCCUUUAUUAGCGAUGCCUCCCACUGUACAUCAAGGCUUUGGAUCAUCGCCUGCAGAUUGGUACUACAGCCUGCCACCGGUCAUCAGGCUGUAUGGCACAGCUUGUGUUGCCACGACUGCGGCUGUCACACUCGGGCUCAUAAAUCCUAUGAGCUUGCUUUUGCAUUGGCCCUCUGUUUUCAAAGGACAGAUAUUUCGUUUGGUAGCAAGCUUCAUAUUCUUGGGGAAGCCUUCAAUAAAUUUUCUGAUGAAGAUGCUGUGGAUGAUCCAAUAUGGUGUGCCGCUUGAGAAAAGCACCUACCAAUUCAGCACGGCGGACUUUGCCUACAUGCUGUUCGUCGGCAUGGUCUCCCUGCUGGGAGCCUCGGUGGUGGUGCCAGUUCAGCUGCUGGGCCCGUCGCUCAUAUUCAUGAUGGUGUAUGUGUGGAGCCGCAAUUUCGCCUCUAGCAACAUAUCGCUGAUGGGCCUAGUCAGCAUCCAGGCCUUCUACCUGCCCUUUGCCCUGCUGGCCCUGGACCUGGCCAUGGGCGGCGACUGGAUGUCUGACCUGCUCGGCAUCAUAGUGGGACACCUGUACUACUUUUUGAAGGAGCUGCAUCCGGCGGCGGGGGGAGGGCGGCUGCUGGAGACGCCGAUGUGGCUCAAGCGAGCGCUGCUGAGUGCCGGCAUCGGGACAGUGCAAGCGCGCGAAGUUCCCAUGCAGCACCCGUCCGAUGCGCGCUUCCGCGCGUUUGCCGGGCGUGGCCGCCGCCUCGAUGACUGAUCGGCGGUGCCC